AAUAAAUAUAGAAUCUAAAAAAUAGAAUCUAGAAAAUAAAUAAGUGAGGCAUUAUAAGCCGUAUGUAUCUUAUAAUUAAAAAUAUAAAUAAAGUGAAUGUCUUAACCUUGUUUAAAAAUGAACUAAUCAAUGAAAUCAAAAUUAAAUUCGAAGUUUAUUAGCAUUCAAGAAAGUUCUGUAGGCUUGAAGAUAGUGGUAUAUGAUUUAAUUAAAUGUAGGAUCCUGAUAGUAGAAUGAUUUAAGUAUUUCUGUUUUGGAACAAUUCCAUUUUAAUGGACUGGAAUUGUUUUUUUGAGGAAUUAAAUGCUGGACUUGAAAAAAAUCUAAGUUUCAUCAUUGAGUAUGAGGAAACCAAAUAUUUUAUAUAUGGGAAUGCUGAAGAUUUAUUAUGUAUAUAUAAAUUCUGUGCUGGAAAGUAUAUUUUUAAGAAGGGAAUAUCCCAAAAAACUCUUGAAAUAAUAAAGGAAAAACAUGAUUAUCAAGUAAGUCAGGAAUUAAUAUUUUACUAGUUAAAAUCAAUAUAUGACUAGAGUAGAUAAAAGUUUUAUUAUGAACAUAUCAUACUCCCUCAAAUGAACGACAAUUUAGAUAUGUCUUUCUAUUCUGAGGUUACAUAUGAUAGAGAGAAAUUUGUUCCUGAAGAAAUUUAAAUAAUAAAAGACUUACAUAUCACAUCUAUACCAUAAUUCAUACAUGUAGAUGCUCUGUACCACGAUGGAGUUUAAUAUUCUUACAUUUAUUCAAAAAAAGAUUUAAUAAAAUUAACUCUAUAUUAUAACACUCAAUUGGAUAACCCUUGUUUUAUGUCUCAUACGGCAUAUUAAUUAGUAUUAUGUAAAUAAUUACACUAUUAAUUCAAUAGUAUUAAUAGCCUUAGAUGAAAAGGGAAUCAUUCAUCCAGGUCUUGAUUUAAAAAAUCUUUACAUAAAUCCAAAUUCUUAAGAUAUUGUUUUAGCUUCUUAUUACUAGGCCUAUUAUUAAUUGAAUAAUGAAGAUAGACGACUGUAAAUUUAUAUAAUUAUAAAUUUAGAUAUGCAAACAUUGGAUAUUCUCCUCCUGAAUAUUUUAAGAUAAAUUAAAAAUUAACAACCAAAGCAAAUGUUUAUCAAGUUGGAAUCUUGUUAUUUCAUUUGUACUUAUCUUACAUAACAUUAGGUUGCUUGGAUAUAAUCCAUUUGGUAAAACCUAAAAAGAAAUGGUAUCUAAUCAUCCUAAGAAUGAACUUAAUUUAAAAAGACUUAAUACCUUUGAUUCUAAUUUAAGUGAUUUCAUACAAUUGUUACUAGUAUAGGAUCCAAUUAAACGACCAUAACCUUCAUAAUUACUUAAACACAAGUUAUUUUCAAUUUCUUACAAAGAACAUCAAUCUAAAUUGAGUAUUUUACAACAAUACCAUUAAGAUAUUCAAGAAUUUAUCAUUUUUAAUAAGACUUCAAAUAUCUAAAAUGUCAAACCAACCAUAAAAUUCAAAAAGUGA